AUGCCCGGCUGGCCCUGGGGGCUGCUGCUGACCGCGGGCACGCUUUCGACCGCGCUGAGCCUGGGGCCGCCGGCGCCCGCCGACCCCUGCCAUGACGAGGGGGGCGCGCCCCGCGGCUGCGUGCCGGGCCUGGUGAACGCCGCCUUGGGCCGCGAGGUCCUGGCGUCCAGCACGUGUGGGCGGCCGGCCACGCGGGCCUGUGAUGCCUCCGACCCGAGGCGGGCACACCCUGCCGCCCUCCUGACCUCCGCAGGGAGCACCACAAGCCCUGUGUGCUGGCGUUCGGACUCACUGACGCAGGCGCCCUUCAACGUGACCCUCACAGUGCCCCUGGGCAAGGCUUUUGAGCUGGUGUUCGUGAGCUUGCGCUUCUGCUCUGCGCCCCCCGCCUCGGUGGCCCUGCUCAAGUCACAGGACCAUGGCCGCAGCUGGGCCCCACUGGGUUUCUUCUCCUCCCGCUGUGGCCUGGACUAUGGCCGCCUGCCUGUCCCUGCCGAUGGCCCACCAGGCCCAGGGCCCGAAGCUCUGUGCUUCCCGGAGCCCCAGGCCCAGCCCGAUGGUGGUGGCCUUCUGGCCUUCAGCGUGCAGGACGGAAGCCCACCAGGCCUGGAUCUGGACAGCAGCCCAGUGCUCCAAGACUGGGUGACUGCCACAGACAUUCGAAUAGUGCUCACAAGGCCUGCCGUGCUGGGGGACACCAGGGACUCCGUGGCCAUGGUCCCUUACUCUUACUCGGCGACGGAGCUCCAGGUGGGCGGGCGCUGCAAGUGCAAUGGGCAUGCCUCAAGGUGCCUGCUGGACACCCAGGGCCACCUAAUCUGCGACUGCCAGCAUGGCACCGAGGGCCCCGACUGCGGCCGCUGCAAGCCCUUCUACUGCGACAGGCCGUGGCAGCGGGCCACGGCCCGGGAAGCCCACGCCUGCCUUGCUUGCUCCUGCAAUGGCCACGCGCGCCGCUGCCGCUUCAACAUGGAGCUGUACCGACUAUCCGGCCGCCGCAGUGGCGGGGUCUGCCUCAACUGCCGGCACAACACGGCCGGCCGCCACUGCCACUAUUGCCGGGAGGGCUUCUAUCGAGACCCUGGCCGCGCCCUGAGUGACCGCCGCGCUUGCAGGGCAUGUGACUGUCACCCUGUUGGUGCUGCUGGCAAAACCUGCAACCAGACCACAGGCCAGUGUCCCUGCAAGGAUGGUGUCACGGGCCUCACCUGCAAUCGCUGCGCCCCCGGCUUCCAGCAGAGCCGCUCUCCCGUGGCACCCUGCGUUAAGACGCCUGUCCCUGGACCCACUGAGGAGAGCAGCUCUGUGGAACCCCAGGACUGCGACGUGCACUGCAAACCAGCCCGCGGCAGCUACCGCAUCAGCUUGAAGAAGUUCUGCAGGAAAGACUACGCGGUGCAGGUGGCGGUGGGCGCGCGCGGCGAGGCGCGCGGCUCGUGGACGCGCUUCCCGGUGGCCGUGCUUGCAGUGUUCCGGAGCGGCGAGGAGCGCGCGAGGCGAGGGAGCAGCGCGCUGUGGGUGCCGGCGCGGGACGCGGCCUGCGGCUGCCCGCGCCUGCUGCCCGGCCGCCGCUACCUGCUGCUGGGGGGCGGGCCGGGGACCGCGGUCGGGGGCCGGGGGCCCGGGCUCAGCGCUGCCCGCGGGAGCCUCGUGCUGCCCUGGCGCGAUGCGUGGACGAGGCGCCUGCGGAGACUGCAGCGGCGCGAGCGGCGGGGGCGCUGCGGGACGGCCUGA